GUGAGAGAAGAAGACAAAGGCAGCAAGGCAAGACAUAUAAACAAAUCUCAUUCAUUUUUAUACUUCCUCUUCUGUAACUGCCAUUUCAAUUUCGAAGAACGAAGAUAAAGGAAGAUGAAAAGAGUUCAGAGCUUGAAACAGAAUCAGAAUCAGAAUCGGCUGAGAUGCUUUGAGAUCUCUUUUAAUUCUUCAGAGAAGCUUUGGGGGAAACUUUAAAUUCUUUGUUUUUGGGAUCUUUGCUGAUGUUGGUAAAAGAACCCCCCAGCCCCAGGUCUCAGCUCCUGCUUCUUCCUCAAGAUUUUCCGUUCUCUAUCUAUCUCUCUUGCAUUGUCUUCUUCACUUGUUGCCAUUUCAGAAAUUUGGAUGAUUUAAUCAUGGAUGCUCUUGUUUGAACUCUCCCAUUUUCGUUUUCCUCUCUUGGAAAAUGGAAAUCUUAUUGUAUGAAUACCUUGAACAUGCUGUUCUGAUGUGAAUGAAAUCUCUAUAGGCAUACUAGAGGAGUUUCAGCAGCUGACCGUCAACUAUCCUGUUGAGCUCAAACUGCAAUACUACUUAUGAAGCUCUAUUUUAUUUUGAUCUUGUUGCUGUUGCUCAUAUUUUCACCUCCCAUUCAUGCUGACCUGGAAAACGACCAGCAAGCUCUGCUACAGUUUGCUUCUCUUAUCCCACAUGGACGGAAAGUGAAUUGGAAUUCUACCACCCCAGUAUGCACUGCUUGGGUAGGCAUAACCUGCAGCUCAGAAAAUGAUAGUGUUAUUGCUGUCAGAUUACCUGGAGUUGGACUCAAAGGUUUGAUCCCAAAUAAUACCCUUGGCAAGUUGGAUCACCUCGAGAUCCUCAGCCUCCGGUCGAACCUCCUCUCCGGAAGUCUUCCAUCUGAUCUACUUUCCCUUCCUUCCCUUCAAUAUGUAUUCCUCCAACAAAAUAACUUAUCUGGAAAUAUUCCUUCUUCAUUAUCCACUCAACUCGUAGCAUUAGACCUUGCUUUCAAUUCAUUUGAGGGAGAACUUCCAUCAUCGAUUUCAAACCUAACACGACUAAAUAAAUUGUUCCUUCAGAAUAACAACCUUACAGGAUCCAUACCCAAACUGAAUAUUCAAAAUCUUAAAUUCCUCAACUUGAGCAACAAUCAUCUAAAUGGCUCAAUUCCAUUGACUCUUAGUAGCUUUCCCAAUUCAUCGUUUCGAGGAAACACUGGCUUAUGCGGGCCACCACUCAAUCAGUGUCCUGGCAUUUCUCCAGCUCCUUCAGUAUCGGAGGGUCCUCCUGUUGUGCAUGAAAAAAAACACAUGAAGAAGAAACUAAGCGCAGGAAUUAUAAUUGCCAUUGCAGUAGGAGGAGGUGUGAUUUUUUUUCUUCUACUUCUAAUGCUUGUGUUAUGCUGUUUGAGGAGAAGGGGUACUGAAGGAAGUGGUGUUCUUAAAGGAAAAGGUUUUGGUGCGGGAAGGGCUGAAAAGGCCAAGGAGGAUUUCGGUAGUGGGAUUCAAGAAGCCGAGAAAAAUAAACUAGUGUUCUUUGAAGGUUGUUCCUUUAACUUUGAUCUUGAAGACCUAUUAAGGGCCUCUGCGGAAGUGCUCGGAAAAGGAAGCUAUGGGACAACUUACAAGGCAAUAUUAGAGGAUGGAACAACAGUGGUUGUCAAGAGGUUAAAGGAGGUUGUAGUAGGUAAAAGAGAGUUUGAACAGCAGAUGGAUACGGUUGGGAAGGUUGGUCAACACCCUAAUGUUAUCCCCCUAAGAGCUUAUUACUACUCCAAGGAUGAAAAACUUCUCGUCUAUGACUAUGUAUCAGCUGGCAGCCUGUUGGCACGUUUGCAUGGUAGUAAGGAUGGAGAAAAACCACCACUGGACUGGGACUCCCGAAUAAAAGUUUUACUGGGAGCUGCCAAGGGAAUAGCCCAUGUCCAUUCUGCUGGUGGUGGCAGAUUCACCCAUGGGAAUAUCAAAUCUUCAAACGUUUUUGUUUCUGAAGAUGUGAAUGGUUGCAUCUCUGAUUUUGGUCUAGCUCCUCUAAUGAGCUUUCCUGCAGUCCCCCCUAGAACUGCAGGCUACAGAGCACCAGAAACAAUAGAGACAAGGAAAACCACCCAAAAAUCUGAUGUUUAUAGUUUUGGUGUUCUCCUCCUAGAGUUGCUGACUGGGAAGACUCCAGUCCAAUCACCUGGACGUGAUGAUGUUGUUGAUCUUCCACGGUGGGUCCAGUCAGUGGUUCGAGAGGAAUGGACUGCAGAAGUAUUUGAUGCAGAGUUAAUGAGAAAUCAAAAUAUUGAAGAAGAAUUGGUUCAAAUGCUUCAAAUUGCAAUGUCUUGUGUUUCUAAGGUGCCCGAUUUAAGACCUAACAUAGGAGAUGUGGUGAGGAUGAUUGAGGAGACCAGGCAGUCAGAUACUUCGAGCCCACAAUCACCUGAGGCACAGGCAUCCAAGUCCAAGGACUCGGACACUCGUACACCAUAAAAGCAACAAAAGAGCAUUUAUUUUGUUUUUUUAAAUGGGUCUUUCAAUGAAAAAGGGAUACUAACAAAGGACUGUACAUAACUCGAAAAUCGUGCAACUCCUGCUAAUGAACUCCUUUAGUGAUUCUUUUACGACUUUAGGCCUGUAACUGAUAAUGCCUUACAUUCUUUUCUUUACAGAGUUUUAGUAGUUGAUCUCAAUAGGAAUCGUGUUGUAGCGUACAGCAUAUAGCUAUAUUUAAAUUGAACAUUGUCAUUUUAUUAUGUUUUUGAUAUCCAUGUUUUGGAAGUUGGAACUCAACGCCAGAUUAGUAUUAGAACUGGAAACAAUGUAGGAACUCAUCUUUCUCAGCAGGCCUCUCUUUAUUUGGAGUAUGAUGUGUUUGCCACCUUUUUUAGAACUGGAAACAUUGACUGUAUGUGUUUAUCUUUACCUUUUUUAGAGUAUGGUAUGUUUGCCCUCUUCCCCCUCUGAACAUGACUUUGUACAUGAAUACGUUCUUAAGCUGCAAAUGAAUAAUGACUAAUGAAAAGCUCAG